AUGUCUCCGUCUGGGAGACUUCCAGUACUUGUAUUACCGACCGGCGAGGUCCUCGUGGACGAAAUGAUUGGAAAUUACGCGAAAGAUCAUAAUUCUGAUAAGCUUGGAGAGCUGAUCAAUCAAGAACACCAAGCUGAUUCCCAAGCAUUCAUCACACUAGCCGACACAAAACUGCGCCAUGCAUUGGCGAAAGAUGCAGCAAUCAAAGAAAUGCUAACGAGGAGAACUAUCUUGAAUCAGGAGGAGAUAUACCAAGAAGCAGCAGAUGCAUUGAAGGCGCUUUCCGUAGUUUUGACCGAUAAUACGUACUUUUUCGGUGAAAG